GUAGGGAGAAGGAAAAGACUGGCAGAGCGGAGAGCAGCAAGCAAGCAGAGGCACAGUGGGCUCGCUCAGCUUACCGUUCAGCUUCAGACUGUAAACAGAAACGUAGGAAGGACAUGUCGACAUCGCUUUGGAUUUAAACAUAGUGUUUUCCGCUUGACUUCGCCGAAAUGGUGAUUUCUUGUUCAGUGCCGACAUGCCGAAACCGAUUCGUCAAGGGAGGCCAAAUCCAGUUCCACAGUUUUCCAAUGAAACGUGAGGAAAUGUGUCGAAUAUGGGCUGACGCAAUCGGCCGCCAGGAUUGGUUCCCGACAAAGAACAGUUUCGUGUGCAGUGGACACUUCAAGCCUGAGGACUACCAAACCAAGCCAGGAAAGUUGAAGCACUUCCUCAAGGAGGGGGUGGUACCGAGCGUGUUUGGGCAGAGCCAGCCACGUCGGUCGAACAACGUGUCCAAUUGCGACUCCGGCCUGCUGAUGAAAGUGCCUUUCAACUCGGCCCAGCAAUUUCAGCAAUGUGACGUGCCUUCGCUAUCAGAAAUCAUAUCAUCAAACCUCACCGUGACAAGAUCACCACAAACGCUGGAAGCACUGCUGCCCGGCGGUGUGUCCAUCGUGCCUGUGAAGCGGAAAAGCCUUAAGAGAGAAUCGCCAAGUCCAAGCCAAUACGAGGAGCCGCCGAAGAUAGCCAAGCUGUCGCUGCCAAACGCCCUCAAUGGCUCCGUGGUGAUCACAGCAUCACCGAGUAGCAAACAAGUUCCUAAGCUGCGCCCCAUCAUGUCGAUGAAUAACGACCACUCUUCCAACGAUGAGUGUGAAGAGCCCCUGGACGUGAGUCAGUUUCUUUCGAUCAGCAUGCAGCCUGAGGAGGACAAGGUGAAGCGCGAGAGCGUCACUAGCCCGGCUUUGAGCUCGUACUUAUCCAUUGGAUAUGAGGAUGAGAAGAGCAAGAACAAUCGCUACCGUGCCGGUGGUGUGGAUGCGUUCGCGACACGAUCUAGCGUCGGCAGCAACGGAAGCCUCACCCACACCAACGGCAGCAGCAACACCAAUGCAAAGCUGGACGAACUGCAGCGCCGCAAUGCACAAAUGCAUGCCGAGUUAAAGAAGAGGGAUAGCGUUAUUAAAGACCUGCGGAUGAGGCUGUCUAACAUGAAUAAUAAUGUUGACUCGACGGUCAUCGAGUUCCUUAGACGGCACUUUGACAAUACUGCUUUUCAGAUUCUCGACAACCACAUUCGGAAUAAGAAAGCCAACUCCUUCACUUUUGAAUGCUACACUGAGACAAUCAUGAACUUUGCCGCAAAUCUGUACAAAAGUUCACCUAAGGCGUAUUUGCUGGUCCGCCAGCAUUUUGAUCUUCCUCCACCUACUUAUCUGCACAAGCGCAACCUUGUGCCCGAGCUGAAUGGAGAGCAAGGAGAGUUAUCUUCAUGCUCCAACGAGUAUUCGGAGGAAGAUAUUUACCAAGAGACGGCCGUGCCAGAGCACUUGCCAGAAAAGAACGACUUGCCCCCGCAGUCCAUCUCGGACAAGAACAUCAAGGAGUUCCGCCAGUUUAACAUCAUCAUUGAACACGAUGACUAACUGAUUUGUCAAUAAAUAGUGCAUGAGCUCAAACAGUGUCUUUUCGCAGCCGGUAUCGAGUACCAAAGCAUAAAUAAUUUAUUUUUCUCUUAGGUACGGGUACCUCAUAGCUCUUUUAAUCCGUGUCAACUUGUGCUUGUAAUCUAGUAUGGAAUAUGUUUGUAUUAAUCGAUUUCACAGAUUUUGCUUCAAUGCCAAAGAAACAGAGGCAAAAUUGUUCUUUAUUUUUGGCUUAAUUGAUGAUAUAGUCAGUUUUUUUUUGUUUUCAUUUUGGUUUGAUUGAUGAUAGUCAGAUUUGGUUUGUAUUUAAAUUUCACAAGGCUCUCUAUAAUACUCAUUUCAUAAGACGAGUUUCUUGAUCAAAUUUCUUGAAGCAAAUCUAUUUCUUCUUUUUUUGCAUGCAUUUUCAAUUAUAUUAUUAUACAUUGCGCCUGUUUAAUGAUUAGAAGUAGCGAUUAUAGUCAAUUUUUGGUAGGCAAUUUGUGACCCUGGUUAACAAUUUGUUCUGAAUAUACAUAUAUUUUUAUGCCCAAUGACAACGAUCGUUUUUGGCACCUAUUGUAAGCUUCCUAAUCGCAGAAUGCCUUUCACGAAUGAAUCAAAUCACAACAAACGUCUAGACUGAUUAAAAGUAACUUUUAUAAAAAGUUUAAAUUCUGGGAAGGUUUGAACCAAAAUAGCUAUAACAAAAUGCCUGGAACAAUGGCGAAGGCUUCAAUUGAAAAUUGUAUUCUGAAUACCUGUAUGGUCUUUUUGGAAACUUAAUAUUGUCUUUCAGCUUUCAAUAAAUUUUGGCUCUUGAAUACAA